AUGGUUUACUGGGUGUUCGGGUAUGGCUCCCUGAUUUUCAAGCCGCCACCACACGCGGUCGAACAGCGAUCCGGAUACGUGAAAGGUGUUGUUCGUCGUUUCGCCCAAUCAUCUAUAGAUCAUAGAGGUACGCCUGAUGCUCCGGGAAGAGUAGUGACUGUUAUAGAAGCUAGAGAAUGGCAUAAGCUGGAAGGGGUGACCAUACCGCAAGGCAGCAUGUUACCAGAAGAUUAUGUGUGGGGCAUGGCUUAUAGGAUAGACCCAAGAUAUGAAGAAGAGGUGAAGGCGUAUAUGGAACAUCGGGAGAAGAACGGAUACACUUGUCAUUCCGUGCCAGUCUAUGCUACAACACCUGAUGGAGAGGAAGAGAUAAUCGCGGUCGACAGUGCCGAGAUCUGGAUUGGCAAGCUCGACAACCCAGCUUUUGUUGGACACGAGUCUAUCGACGAGCUCGCAAAGACAAUAUUCCAACGACAUGGACCAUCAGGUCCAAAUAAAGAAUACCUUUACAAGCUAGCGGAAUCAGUCAGACACCUGUAUCCUCAUGUACGUGAUGAUUACCUGUUCGGACUUGAAGCUGCCGUGCGAGCUCUUGAGGUGAAGAAUUGA